AUGUCACCCAGUAAUGCAAAAUGGACAACCUUUAUACCAAAGGAAAGAGAAAGUUUCAAAGUUUUUUUAAUACCUUACAAGAGUUCAAUAUGGUUUCCGGCUGCUGCACGAUCUGCGGAACCGUAUCACUGCUGCCGUGCACUCAAUAACACCAGAUACGCUUUCUCGCGUGUGGGACGAGUUUGGCUACCGUGUAGAUGUUUGCAUUGCAGCAGCCGGAGGCCACAUUGGACACUUGUAAGCGUACAGGAUGCUGACAGUGUGCAGAUAAAAGCAAUGUCUGCUUUUGGUGGGCGAGACUUCAAUGCAAUGACUAUCAAUAUUCUAAGGCAUUCAUUGACCGGUGAAGCAGCUCAACAGUUCUCUAUAACUACGGGAAAAAUGAGAAAUUUUCCUGCGAAAAAUACAUUUUCAGGGACAAAAAUAUGUUGUUCAAUCUUCGCAAGGAGUAACGACAGAAGAGACACCAGCUUCAGGGACAUCUCAAAAUUUGUCUAACGUUUAAUUUUACUAUCUAAUAAAAAUGAAAUUGUAACGUUUACAAAAGUUGCAAUAUUAUUUACUCACGAAAACAAUACAUUUGAAUUUUCCAAUUCUUGUUCUUCCAAAUAUUCACCUUUGUACUAGGAAUGUAUUAUGAAAUCGAUUAUUUUUU